UGCGCAUAGAAGAAGCUCUCAGACCAGUCAGUGGCUUCAUGGAGUUAUGUACCUCUGAUGCGCCGCCAUGGAUUGCAAUUCGCGAUCACUGCUUUUCCUUUUACCUCUUUUACUGUCUUUUGUGCUUCCAGCUUUUCCCAUCGUCUAUCCCCCAAAUGAAGUGAACCUGUUAGAUUCUAAAGCAAGCCAAGGGGAGUUAGGAUGGAUUUCCUACCCUUCACACGGGUGGGAGGAGAUCAGUGGGGUGGAUGAGCAUUAUACACCCAUCAGGACUUUCCAGGUGUGCAAUGUGAUGGAGUACAGUCAGAACAACUGGCUUCGCACCAACUGGAUUCCCCGUCAGUCGGCCCAGAAGAUUUACGUCGAGUUGAAAUUCACUCUGAGGGACUGCAACUCCAUCCCGUUAGUACUGGGCACCUGCAAAGAGACCUUCAACCUUCUUUACUUGGAGACCGAUGACGACCAAGGCACUCACUUCAGAGAACACCAGUUCUCCAAGAUCGACACCAUCGCUGCGGAUGAGAGUUUCACCCAAAUGGACCUCGGCGACCGCAUUCUCAAACUGAACACUGAGGUGCGUGAGGUGGGCCCCAUGACCAAGAAGGGCUUCUACCUGGCUUUCCAGGACGUGGGUGCCUGUGUAGCUUUAGUGUCAGUGAGGGUUUACUUUAAAAAGUGCCCGAACAUAGUGAAGAAUCUCGCCUCCUUUCCUGAUACCGUGCCCAUGGACUCCCAGUCACUGGUGGAAGUCAAAGGGUCUUGUGUCAAUCACUCGAAAGAGGAGGAGCCUCCGCGAAUGUACUGCAGCACGGACGGGGAGUGGCUUGUGCCUAUUGGAAAGUGUCUGUGCAACUCAGGCUACGAAGAAAGGAACAACACCUGUCAAAUGUGCAGGGCAGGCUUCUACAAAUCUACGCUGGGAAAUGUGGAGUGUUCCAAGUGUCCGCCUCAUAGCUACGCUCACCAUGAAGGAUCAUUGCAUUGUGGAUGCGAGAAAAACUACUUCCGUGCUGAAGGAGACCCGGCUUCCAUGGCCUGUACUCGCCCUCCCUCAGCUCCUCGUAACGUUAUCUCCUCCAUCAACGAGACCUCCGUUAUCCUAGACUGGAGCUGGCCAGAGGACACAGGCGGCCGCAGGGACAUCACCUUCACUGUCCUCUGCAAACGAUGUCGUGCUGGAGGUGCAAACGGAAGCAAUGGUGGCAGCCCACGGUGUGAACCCUGCCGGAGCAAUGUACGCUUUUUACCGAGAGCCACGGGCCUACAAAACACCACGGUGACGGUGGGAGACCUGCUAGCUCACACCAACUACACGUUCGAGAUUGAGGCACAGAAUGGCGUCUCGUUACUGGCGCCCAAGAUGAGGCAGUAUGCCGCUGUCACCAUCACCACCAAUCAAGCCGCUCCCUCUCCGGUAAUAGUCAUCAAAAAGGAGAAGACAUCACGAAAUAGUGUUUCCUUGUCUUGGAUGGAGCCAGAGAGACCCAAUGGCAUUAUCCUCGACUACGAGAUCAAAUACUAUGAAAAGGAGGAGCAGGAGACCAGCUACACAAUCCUUCGGGCCAGGGGAUGUAACGUGACUCUGAACGGUUUGAAGCCCAACACUGCCUACCUGCUGCAGAUCAGAGCCCGCACAGCUGCUGGAUACGGAGCCAGCAGUCCCAGUUUCCAGUUUGAGACCAGUCCCGACUCAGCCUUCUCCAUCUCUAGUGAGAGUAGCCAGGUUGUUUUAAUCGCCAUUUCCUCAGCUGUGGCCAUCAUCUUGCUGACAGUGCUGCUCUACGUCCUGAUUGGCAGGUUUUGUUGCCACAGCAAAUCCAAACAUCCUGAUGAGAAAAGACUGCACUUUGGCAAUGGGCACUUGCGUCUGCCGGGGAUUAAGACCUACGUAGACCCUCACACCUACGAGGACCCAAGCCAGGCUGUGCAUGAGUUUGCCAAGGAGCUGGAUGCCUCCUGCAUUGCCAUUGAUAAAGUUGUGGGAGCAGGGGAGUUUGGCGAGGUGUGCAGUGGUCGAUUGAAGCUGCCCAGCAAGAAGGAGAUCUGCGUGGCCAUCAAGACCUUAAAAGGAGGAUAUACAGACAAACAGAGGCGAGACUUCCUCGCUGAGGCGUCAAUCAUGGGACAGUUUGACCACCCCAACAUCAUCAGGCUGGAGGGUGUGGUAACACGCAGUAAGCCUGUCAUGAUCGUCACAGAAUACAUGGAGAAUGGGUCACUGGACAGCUUUUUGAGGAAACAUGACGCCCAGUUUACUGGAAUCCAGUUGGUUGGCAUGCUGCGUGGCAUCGCCUCAGGCAUGAAGUAUCUGUCAGACAUGGGCUACGUUCACAGAGACCUGGCUGCUCGAAACAUCUUAGUCAACAGCAACCUGGUGUGUAAAGUGUCAGACUUCGGCUUGUCAAGAGUCCUGGAGGAUGACCCCGAGGCCGCUUACACCACGAGGGGCGGUAAGAUCCCCAUCCGAUGGACAGCUCCAGAGGCCAUUGCUUACAGAAAGUUUACAUCAUCCAGUGAUGCUUGGAGUUACGGCAUCGUGCUUUGGGAAGUAAUGUCGUAUGGUGAACGGCCUUACUGGGAGAUGUCCAAUCAGGAUGUGAUAAAGGCUGUCGAUGAAGGCUAUCGCCUUCCACCACCCAUGGACUGCCCUGCUACACUUUACCAGCUGAUGCUGGACUGUUGGCAGAAGGAAAGAAACAACCGGCCUAAGUUUGAACAGAUAGUCAGCAUUCUGGAUAAACUUAUACGCAACCCCGGUAGUCUGAAAAUUACAGCCAACACCACAUCAAGGCCAGCCAACUUGUUGUUGGAUAGAAGCAGUUCAGAGGUUCCCUCAAUUGGGACGAUGGGCGAAUGGAUGGAUGGAAUGAGGACCUUGCCCUGCAAUGAGGCCUUUUCUGGGGUCAGCUACAGCUCCUGUGAUACUCUGGCCAAGACUUCCACAGAUAGAGUGAUUCUGACAGAGGUCCACGUCACACCAGCAACUUGCCCAGAAUGGGAGCCAUCCAUGGGGAUCACCACUCUCUAACAGCCAGUUGCUCUUCUUUCGAUUCCUCGGACUCUGGAUGGGAUUUGAAAAAGGUUGGAGUGACAAUUGCAGGACCACAGAAGAAGAUCGUGAGCAGCCUCAAAGCCCUAGAAUCUCACACCAAGAAUGGCCCAGUACCUGUUUAAAAAGACAAAGCCAACAAAGGAGAGGUGUGCGUCAACUGAUGAUGGGAGCGUGCGUAUGCAAUGACAGUGUAUCCAUAGCAGAAAUGGCAGAAGACUGAUGAGAAAUUAUUAAAAUGAGGGCUUUCAUUCGACAGUAAAGUCCUGGCAGUGAAAUGGGAAGGGCCCAGUGUUGCACUGGUUGACUCAUGAACCCACAGAUGAUCCAUGCUCAAGUUGAGAUGCCUUACAGACACAUAAAGGAUGGUAGAGAUGCACGUUAGAGCCAACACAGCCCAUAACCGGUCAGGUAUAAAAACUAGCAGGACUGGGAUGCAGGGAAAAGAGCAGAACCACUCGGUACCAGUGAAGCUGGACGACGUUGCCCUCCCUUUACAGCGCAUCCCGGGAUGCUCGGUGGUUCCUCCUGUGGAGCAAGGUGGCUGCCUUUUGGGACACUUCAUGACAGACAGCAGCAGCAGCCAAUUCGGUGUGGACCCUUCCUGGACUAAUGAAAUCUUCAGAUUCUUUUGUAACUACCUACACAUUAACUCAAUGUGUUCUAAUCAACGGCAUUCUGCAGACCCGUCACAUAAAAGCAAUAAUUGUGAUAAUCAGUUGUUGGGGUUGCAAUGCGUGGGGGCCACGGUCACACUGCACUCACAGUGUGCUUUGAAGGUACAGGGGCAAUAACACACUUCACACUCGACUUUAUAGGCUAUACGUACGUUUCAAGUGAUAUGAGCAGAUAUUGUAACGUUAUAGUGCUGUUCCCGCCACCCGUAGACCCUUUGUGUGAAAUCUCAGGAUGCACACAUUAUUUGAUCUAUAUUUUCUCUAACAAGCGGAAACAGAUGAGGCGAGCAAAGCAGGGAGCUGAGAGCGCACAGUCUGAGAGUUAAGAAAGAGGAGAGCGGGAAACUCUUAAAAGAGAUGCUGGAUAAGAUGAAGUUGUGUUUUUCACACCUUUCCCUCAGACAUUUUUAUUGUCUUAACGGAUGUUGGGUUUUUUUUUUGUCCAGGUGGGUUUGUACUUUAGUUUUUUUUUUUCCUGGGAAACAAAAGUUUGACUCAGCAACCACACACACAGUCACACACCGUCAGAAAGCUGAGAUUGAUACAUAAACUUUGAAGGUGACAAAAGACAUUCUUAGUCUGUUAUUCUGAGAUAAACAUACAGUAAGUCAUGGGAAUACAUACUGUAUAAAGAUUCAUUUGUUUCUUUAUUACCAAAGUUUUUUUAGGCACUGAAGUUAUAAAAGUUAAUGUUUGCCGUUUGAAUUUUGGGAAGGUUUUUUUAAAUUUUUUUUUUUACAUGAUUUUAUGCUGAAGAUGUCAUUCCAUAAAAUAUAUGUGUUUUAAAAUUCAGUUUUCUCAAAUACAGUGUUUUAAUAUUCCGUUAAUAAAAAUCAAAUACAUUUGAAAAUUUGUCUCAAAAUCCACACACAGUAGUCCCUCGCCUCUUUCACAAUUUCACAGCUUCAGCUUAUUUUUUAAUAAAUCAUGCUGUUUCAUGGUUGAAUACGGCCUAUUAUUGGUAAAAAAAAAAAAAAAAAAAAAAGAAAUGCAUAUUUCAACAUUUUUUUGCCUAAAUUAAGCAUUUUCACGCAUAAAAAUGGCCAAAUGAACUAAUAUACAAAUAUAAGGCUCUCAGAAGACGCAUUCAAAGAUGUUGUGAUGAUAUGUAAUAUUCUAUAUGUCACCAGGUGUCAGUGAUAUUACUGUAAUGUUCGGUCAGACACACAAGCACCAAACUUGAUGGCUAGAACAACAAGCUUUUAUUGCAGGUUUGAUUUAUCUCACAACAGGCACAAAGAUCCCAAACACGGCUGUAACCCGCGCCAAGCUAAAAGUCGACUCUGAAACCCCAACAUAACUUCCUGUCCGCACCACUCGAACCAGUUUUACAACAACACACACAAGCACGAGUCUUAUUUAUGUCUUAUUUGCUGUUAUUAUGUUUACUUUAUUAGGUAAUACUAGUGUAAAUGCGACUAUAGGGGUGUUAUUUCAUGUUUAGAGAGCUCCAGUAAUGUUAAAAAAAACAUUUAGAAGGUUCCAAACAGGUUUCCUGUGGUCUAACUACGAAAAUAUUCCAUUUAUAAAAAAUGAAUCCUACUUCACGGUCGGGUCUGGAACCAAUGAACUGCGAUAAACGAGGGAUUACUGUACACACUUCCGGGAAAUUAAGACUGACUAAAGUGAAAAUGUGUAAAAACCAGCCAAUCAGGUAUAAAGUGCAUAGUCACGUGACACAGGUCUUCCAAAAACUGUAAGUGUACUGUAUGUGUGUGUUUUAAAACAUCCAAAUAUUUGUUUUACACAAAAUUUUUAUGAAUGGAAAUUUGAUCAAAUUAAAAGAAAAAAAAAAACAUAUUUAAACAAACUUCUAAACACUUGCAUUUGGCUUAUGAAUGUUUAUUUUACGAAACUUUCAGCAUAUUAUGAUGUAGCAAAAAAAUUAACCUUCAUGAAUGCAUUUUCUUUUAUUUUCAUAUGUGAUGGAUUUCAUGCACAAACUUGAGUGCCUCGUUGGGUUGCGUCAUUUCGGGAUCACCGUGCAAGCUCUCCUGCUUUAGUUUGGUUUAAACCAGUGCUUCUGGGGCGUCGUGAGAGGUGUGGCGACGAAACUCAUAAAAUUUCUUCACAGUUGGCAGGUCUGUCUUCAAGGUCUGUCUUCAUUCAUGCUUGAAUGAUGCUGUGCCAGCAACUCAUACAAUGGUUUGUACAGAUAAGAAAAUUGACACGACAGGUUAUUAAUAUUAUUUCAAAUCGACAGAAAAAUUUGACAGAAAAUAAUUGAGAACCACUGGUUUAAGUGAUUUAUUUAUCAUCAAUGCCCUCAACAAAGUGUGAAGCGUCCGUCAAAACUGCAAAUAAAUACUUGAGGAAUGGAAUCCGAAUGCAUAUGUCCAGAAAGGGAUCCCCUGAAUGCACCUUUAAAUUUAGAUGGUCAAGAUUGUACAUCUGCAUGUAUUCUGGUCCAUUACACAUGUGACCGGUAUUGUGAACUGGUACCACUUUAUAAUUUUGGAUGAAAUCCAUUCAUCUACGAUGGGUGCAGUAGAAAUGCACUUAGUACACAAAUAUGCGAGCACUUUCCUUAAAAUGGGAAUCGUACCAGUUGGCUGGGGACGAAACACACACGAUGAACAGGGACGGUUUUGGUGCUUUUUGGGGAAGCCCAGCUGCGUUCAUGGCAUCGGUCGGUCCAGUGUUCUACCUGUGGAUGCUGCUGUUGCUGCUAUGAGAUCUGAUUAGCGUGUAUAUAAUGUAAACCAUCAUAACGAUAUAGCAACUAGCCAGACAGAUUUUGCAAUAUGUACAUGCCAUCCCUCUUUGUACAAUUUUUUGUAUGUAUAAAAAGAAUAAUGACAAAUUGUGCAACAAUUUUAAUUAAAAAAAAGACAAAAAUCAUCUGUAUUAUACUUUAUCUUGUUUUGAAUUAUAUUUGUCAGCCUGUUUUUAUUUUCUACAAUAAAAAUUCAACUGUGGCUACAUUAUUAUUUAUUUGUUAACAUUAUACAGCACAGUGACUUUUUUUUUAAAGCUUACAGUAAAUUAUGUGUCCGUGUUUUUCUUUUUUUUUUUUGCUUACUUUAUCAACCUGGGACAUCUGAGAGCAAUACUGUUAUGCACCCCAUACCCAGAACCCUUCUAUUCUGUCUCAAGACUGACCUGUGUGUUUGUGUGAGAGUUUACGUGUUCAAUUGUAGAUGGCCUUGUCAACUAAUGUAAAAGGAUUUGUAGUGGAAACAUUUAUAUUUUUAUAAUAAAUAUUCUCAAAAUAUUUUCCAAAAAAGGGAAUGAUGACAGACCUGGUUCCGUGUUUUUAUUUGAUGUGUAAGCAGUUACAAACUACAUUUCUAAGGUUACCCUUUGAGUUUUUACUGAGUUGUGGGUGUGAUGUUGAGUGUGUAAAAACUAGAGAUGCUCGAUAUUGGCGCUAUUCGUUUUCUGAUACUGAUAUCAACUCAUGCUAGGGUUGUUGAUGCGACCGGAUAUCCGGUUUGACGAAGGAACGAUUCCGAAGCUUCCUGUGUCGAUAACGAUCAGCCAUAAAUCUUUAGAUUAAUCGAUUGUGGAGACGUGCACCGGGUAUCGCGAGAGAAGCAAUUGGUUGACAGUGUCUCAUAAACAACUCAAAGGAUUGUCACGCUUGCUCCAUAGCUUUACAUGGCUGAAGACGAGAAUGGGUGUAAAUGGUAGAAGGCCGUGUCACCGUGCAAUACGUACCUGGAACACAAUCAGUUCAGCUGGGUCUAUACGCAUGUGUAGAACACGUCUAUAUGUGGUCGGCCUAUUUUUUGGCAGUCACAUGUUAGGCAUGUGUAAUCUACGCCAUCCGUCAAUCUAUUUUAUGGCAGCAAGUAAUAUACAGUACGUCCCCCCCUCCACUCCCAAAAACGUUAAGAUAGAAAUUUGAGAAAUAACAACAUAAUCAAUCUUUUUUUUAAAAUAUCCUAUCCAUGGUGCAAGUGGACAAUUUAUAAGCCCUCUCUUCUUGUUCCAUGAAUAAUUUUACCUUUUUUUAGCCACUGAAAUAAAUACACAUAAAAGCAUUUGCUAGGAAGGUAUGUUUGGAUGGAUGGUAUUUCCAUACUUUAGCUGAAUAAAUCAUUGCACUCUGCUUAUGGUCGUUUACAUUGAAAUAGAACUGCAUUUUAUGUGUUUUAUUCCAUUUAUUUGUGUACGUUACACGUAACCGGAUAUGACGUUUAAGUCUGCGCUGUGUUUUUCGUAGCUCAGUCUUGGUGGGUGUCAUAAGACGGUAGCAACAUCGCCAUGCUAAGUAUUUUAACAAGGGUCACUCUUAAAAUAACCUCCCAACAUAUUACAUAUAUAAAGUAUGGUUAUCGACCAUUUAUGUUCAUACAUUUAAAGAAUAAUAACUACCACAACACGUGACGUCGCAGAAGCGCUGUCGUAAAAUUGAGCAAAAGGAGGAAAUGACGUAGUCCUCGCGCAACUAUUUACGAGUCGCCACGACUUCCGGCUAUUUACUAGUCACCGCGGAAGAUUUCCCACGCACCCCCACCCCACACCCCCACCCCCACUCCGCCACCCCCCCCAAAAAAGUAAAGUUACGAACGUCUUUGGAUUUAACAAGCAGGGCGCCAAACUUGAGCAGCCAGACCAACAGAAUGGUGUCUGGAACCUUUUGUGCCCACCAGGUAAUGCCAACCGAAGCGGUAAAGCCGGGACAGGCCUGGCAAGCCGGUGGUGGAUCAAAACUUGCUCAAGAAAAACGCGGAAAGCCUCGAAACGGACAGACCAUCAGGAAUUUAACCCAACAAACUUGGACCAAGGAUUCUGGCUAAGCGAAUAUUGGACGACCGGAAGCCCAAUAUGAAACAGCCUUUGCGCUGACCAAGAAAACGUUGGGAGGAACGAAUCAAAGAAAUCACCCAACGAGACAAUGGCCCUUGACAAAACUGAAUGGCGCAAUCUGGUUAAGAAACUUUUGACAGACAGGCCAACUGGCCUACAGCUGUCAGGGUGAGAAGCUGUCUGAAGUUUAAUUUGAUUUACAUUAUUUCCUAGAAAAAAUAGUUUGGUUUCGUUUUUUUGUCUGACCUUGUCUGAACAAAUUAAUACAAAAAAACGAGGCACUACUGUAGUUAUGUAGUUAUGUUAUUUUGCCUCCUAAAUGAUGCAUUUUGUUAACGCCAUUAAUAAACGUCUUAGUCACCCUA